CUCCCCGCACUGCUGAGGAGCGGAGCCUCUGGUUGGGGGCCCCCUAUCCUUUCCUAUCCCCCCCCAACUGCUCGUCCCCGCCCCAGCUCCCACUGGCUGGGCCAACUGUGGUGUGGCUGUCGCCGUUUGUCGGAGGAGCCUUAAUCGGCCACCUGCCGCGUUCCACAGUCUCUUUGCAUCUCGGAUUUCGGGGCGGCUCCCUCCCCCAUCUUUCCCUGCUUCUUUGCACCCCGUUUUUUCUGCAUUUCGCUCGAAUUUUGGAGCCGUCUGGUUUUGUACCCCUUUUUGUUUUGCUUCUAGGCGGUGUGUGGGGUGAAGGUGCCUUGGCAUCCCUUCCCCUGGUUAUCGUUCCCUGUUUUGACAGCCCCCCCUUUCUAUCGCAGUCAGGGGGCCUAGCUUCGGCGCACCUCCGCCGCACUGCCAGCAGACCACAGCGCGUGGCUGUGCACCCCGGAAUUUGCAGCAGCUGCAUAUCUGAUUGGAGUCUCCCUCGCCUCGCUCCCGCGCGCAUUCGGUGCGUGGAGGGCUUCAGCGCGCGACGCCCCGGCUUCUCUGCAGCCCCCAGCAGCGCACCGGGACUCGCCCCGUGCCUCCAAGAUGGUCAUCCAGAAAGAGAAGAAGAGCUGCGGGCAGGUGGUUGAGGAGUGGAAGGAGUUCGUGUGGAACCCGCGGACGCACCAGUUCAUGGGGCGCACCGGGACCAGUUGGGCCUUCAUCCUCCUCUUCUACCUCGUCUUCUACGGCUUCCUCACCGCCAUGUUCACCCUUACCAUGUGGGUAAUGCUGCAGACUGUCUCUGACCAUACCCCCAAGUACCAGGAUCGACUGGCCACACCAGGCUUGAUGAUUCGACCCAAGACUGAGAACCUUGAUGUCAUUGUCAACAUUAGUGACACCGAAAGCUGGGAUCAGCAUGUUCAGAAGCUCAACAAGUUCUUGGAACCUUACAACGACUCCAUCCAAGCUCAAAAGAAUGAUGUCUGCCGUCCUGGGCGAUAUUAUGAGCAACCGGAUAACGGGGUUCUGAACUAUCCAAAACGUGCCUGCCAGUUCAACCGGACCCAGCUGGGCAAUUGCUCUGGCAUUGGGGACCCUACCCACUAUGGUUACAGCACCGGGCAGCCCUGUGUCUUCAUCAAAAUGAACCGGGUCAUCAACUUCUAUGCAGGGGCAAACCAGAGCAUGAACGUCACCUGUGCUGGGAAGAGGCCACAACACUAUAGGGACAAGGGGAGACCGAUUCCCAAGGAUGGGAGAGAUGAAGAUGCUGAGAAUCUUGGCCACUUCGUCAUGUUCCCUGCCAAUGGCAACAUUGACCUGAUGUACUUUCCCUACUAUGGCAAAAAGUUCCAUGUAAACUAUACACAGCCCUUGGUGGCUGUGAAGUUCCUGAAUGUGACCCCCAACGUGGAGGUGAACGUAGAAUGCCGUAUCAAUGCUGCCAAUAUUGCCACAGAUGAUGAGCGGGACAAGUUCGCUGGCCGCGUGGCCUUCAAACUCCGAAUCAACAAAACCUGAGGCUCCCCACCCCCACCCACUCCCACUUUCCUGUGGAUGCUUCUGGAAUGUCCUUGACCCUGCCUGAUCCCUCCCUCACCCACCCCAAAGGUAUUUUUUAUAACAGAGCUAUGACUUGUCAGAGCCUCACACCCUUUCCUCAACUUCUCUACCCAGCCUAAGGCCCACAGUUUCCAGUAUCUUCUAGCCUUAGCUUAGCCAGAGACAGAGAGCAGUCAGGGGUUUUCUAACUCAGGAGCUGGAGUUACUCAGCGACAGAGGACUUGCCUAGCAUGCACAAGGGCCUCUGCACUGUUGGAAUUUUCUAGUUUGAGUUUAUGAAUGAGAUGUCCUUACAGCUCCUGUUUCAAUUUCCACUCACAUCCCCUGAGAGUUAGAGAAAAUGGUCCCAUCUACCCCGCCUCUCCCUCACAUCCCCCUCUCCCCUCCCGGUUCAGCUGUUUGCUUCCCAGGGGUGAGAACUGUUUUCCCUCCCUUCACAACACUCUAGCCACUUUUCUCUUGUCUCUUCACACUUCUGUCACCAUAACAGUAUCUUGGUGGCUUUGACUUGGUGGUUCCUUCAGCAGUUCUGUCCUCUCCUCUUCCUUACCCCUCCCUCUGAAAAACUGCCAUUUGUAGCUGAGUACAAGUUGCUUCUGUGGCCUUUUCCGUCCUUCCUGGUACAUCCUGCUUCUCCCCCAGUUGUGACUCCAAAGGAGGACUGUAAGAGAAGUCUUUAAUUCUUCUAGAAAAUUCUCUAGUAGGCCUAGACUUUCAACUUUGUUCUGGUCCCUCCUGUCAUCCAAACAGCUCCUACUCAGGCGGGCUUGACCUGCUCUGAAUAUCCACUUUGUUUUUAACUGAUGGUUCCCUUCCCCCACUGGCCUUCCCAGAAUAUCUUUCAAGUUCUCCUUCCCAGGGAGCUCUGGGGGGAGGGGCCGCUGUCUUGGCUCUAUCCCCAGCGGCCACCUUGGAAACGUCAGCUAGCUGGGGGGACUCCCUGAGCCCAGAUCUACCCACCCCAUCCUCUCUCUGACUACUCCUUGCAAGUUGCUAACUGGUCACUAAGGUCUUCCCUUUCUGCAUACCAGCCUGACAGCUUCAGAUACCCUCCUCCAGCUCAGCUCUGAAUUUCUUGGCUCCGCCUCCUUCAAACUCUUUUGCCUUUAACAAACAAACAAACAAACAACCCCUAUUAUGUCCCUAGAAUGUUAAGAAAGAGCGCCCUGCUCCGAGUUUUGGUCCAUCAUAGCAGCAUCUUCCUCUGGCCUCUCUGCUUCUUCUUACCCUUCCUAACCUCCCUCCUCUUCACUGCAGCCUCCACGUCUCGCCCUCAAGUAAAUCUUUCCCUCUUUCUUCCAACUGGAUCUGUGUCUCUUCCCCUUGGGUAUCCAGGUCUUCCUGCCCCUUCAUCUUCCCGGUGGUCUCCUUCUGCAGUUAUUUAAUGCCUGUGUCAGAUCUACUGUAAAAAGAGGAUAAAGUACAAUAAAACGAGAGUGAAUAUAUAUAUAAUGUAUACCAUACACA